CUCUGGGGCAGGCCCGCUUUCUGUCAAAAUGGCAGCGCCCAGCGUGCAUGGGUAUCUCUGAAGUUGGGGUUUAAGAUUCUUGCCCGUGAGAGCGAACGAGCUUGCCGUGCUUCUGAUUCUGAAACACCUGGGUCUGGGUUUCCCGGGCGAGCGGUGGAACCUGUGAGAAGUUUCUACAAUGGUGGGCUCAGCUCUCAGGAGAGGUGCCCAUGCAUAUGUCUACCUGGUGAGUAAGGCCAGUCACAUCUCCAGGGGCCAUCAGCACCAGGCCUGGGGAUCGAGGCCUGCUGCAGCACAGUGUGCCACCCAAAGAGCUCCAGGCAGUGUGGUGGAGCUGCUGGGCAAAUCCUACCCUCAGGACGACCACAGCAACCUCACCCGCAAGGUCCUCACCAGAGUUGGCAGGAACCUGCACAACCAGCAGCAUCACCCUCUGUGGCUGAUGAAGGAGAGGGUGAAGGAGCACUUCUACAAGCAGUACGUGGGCCGCUUCGGGACCCCGUUGUUCUCAGUCUACGACAACCUUUCUCCAGUGGUCACGACCUGGCAGAACUUUGACAGCCUGCUCAUCCCAGCUGAUCACCCCAGCAGGAAGAAGGGGGACAACUAUUACCUGAAUCGGACUCACAUGCUGAGAGCGCACACGUCUGCACACCAGUGGGACUUGCUGCACACGGGGCUGGAUGCCUUCCUGGUGGUGGGUGAUGUCUACAGGCGUGACCAGAUCGACUCCCAGCACUACCCUAUUUUCCAUCAGCUGGAGGCUGUGCGGCUCUUCUCCAAGCAUGAGUUAUUUGCUGGUAUAAAGGAUGGAGAAAGCCUGCAGCUCUUUGAACAAAGUUCUCGCUCUGCACAUAAACAAGAGACACACACCAUGGAGGCCGUGAAGCUUGUAGAGUUUGAUCUUAAGCAAACGCUUACCAGGCUCAUGGUACAUCUUUUUGGAGAUGAGCUGGAGAUAAGAUGGGUGGACUGCUACUUUCCUUUUACGCAUCCUUCCUUUGAGAUGGAGAUCAACUUUCAUGGAGAAUGGCUGGAAGUUCUUGGCUGCGGGGUGAUGGAACAACAACUGGUCAAUUCAGCUGGUGCUCAAGACCGAAUUGGCUGGGCUUUUGGCCUAGGAUUGGAAAGGCUAGCCAUGAUCCUCUACGACAUCCCUGAUAUCCGUCUCUUCUGGUGUGAGGAUGAGCGCUUCCUGAAGCAGUUCCGUGUAUCCAACAUUAAUCAGAAGGUGAAGUUUCAGCCUCUUAGCAAAUAUCCGGCUGUGAUAAAUGAUAUUUCAUUCUGGUUGCCCUCUGAGAAUUACACAGAAAAUGAUUUCUAUGACUUAGUCCGAACGAUUGGAGGAGACCUGGUGGAAAAGGUCGAUCUCAUCGACAAGUUUGUACAUCCAAAGACGCACAAGACCAGCCACUGCUACCGCAUCACCUACCGCCACAUGGAACGGACUCUGUCCCAGAGAGAGGUCAGGCACAUCCACCAGGCCCUGCAGGAGGCUGCAGUCCAGCUGUUGGGUGUGGAGGGCAGGUUCUGAUGUCACCACUUCACUCAGGCUGCAGCCCUCUUGGGGCUCCAGGAUUUGCUGAAAGAGAAAAAGAUAUGGUUUGUGAACUGGGGCAUCAAUCAUCUUUUGAUAAAUGGAUCAGUUUUAGGACUUUCAGAAAAUAAAAGAUCGCUCUUGAAAAGCU